AGAGCUGGAGCCGGAUCCCAGCCGGAGCCUGAGCGCAGCCCGCACCCAGCGCAGCGGCCGAGCCGGGAACCAGCGCAGCCUCGGCCCCGCAGCUCAAGCCUCGUCCCCGCCGCCGCCGCCGCCCCCGGGGCAUGGCCUGUCUGAUGGCCGCUUUCUCGGUCGGCACCGCCAUGAAUGCCAGCAGUUACUCUGCAGAGAUGAUGGAGCCCAAAUCGGUGUGUGUCUCGGUGGAUGAGGUGGUGUCCAGCAACAUGGAGGCCACAGAGACGGACCUGCUGAAUGGGCAUCUGAAAAAAGUAGAUAAUAACCUCACAGAAGCCCAACGCUUCUCCUCCUUGCCUCGGAGGGCAGCUGUGAACAUUGAAUUCAGGGACCUUUCCUACUCGGUUCCUGAAGGACCCUGGUGGAGGAAGAAAGGAUACAAGACCCUUCUGAAAGGAAUUUCUGGGAAGUUCAAUAGUGGUGAGCUGGUGGCCAUUAUGGGUCCUUCUGGGGCCGGGAAGUCCACGCUGAUGAACAUCCUGGCUGGAUACAGGGAGACGGGCAUGAAGGGGGCUGUCCUCAUCAACGGCCUGCCCCGGGACCUGCGCUGCUUCCGGAAGGUGUCCUGCUACAUCAUGCAGGACGACAUGCUGCUGCCCCAUCUCACUGUGCAGGAGGCCAUGAUGGUGUCGGCACAUCUGAAGCUUCAGGAGAAGGAUGAAGGCAGAAGGGAGAUGGUCAAGGAGAUACUGACAGCGCUGGGCUUGCUGUCUUGUGCCAACACGCGGACCGGGAGCCUGUCAGGUGGUCAGCGCAAGCGCCUGGCCAUCGCGCUGGAGCUGGUGAACAACCCUCCAGUCAUGUUCUUCGAUGAGCCCACCAGCGGCCUGGACAGCGCCUCCUGCUUCCAGGUGGUCUCGCUGAUGAAAGGGCUCGCUCAAGGGGGUCGCUCCAUCAUUUGCACCAUCCACCAGCCCAGCGCCAAACUCUUCGAGCUGUUCGACCAGCUUUACGUCCUGAGUCAAGGACAAUGUGUGUACCGGGGAAAAGUCUGCAAUCUUGUGCCAUAUUUGAGGGAUCUGGGUCUGAAUUGCCCAACCUACCACAACCCAGCAGAUUUUGUCAUGGAGGUUGCAUCCGGCGAGUACGGUGAUCAGAACAGUCGGCUGGUGAGAGCAGUUCGGGAGGGCAUGUGUGACUCCGACCACAAGAGAGACCUCGGGGGUGAUGCCGAGGUGAACCCUUUUCUUUGGCACCGGCCCUCUGAAGAGGUAAAGCAGACAAAACGAUUAAAGGGGUUGAGAAAGGACUCCUCGUCCAUGGAAGGCUGCCACAGCUUCUCUGCCAGCUGCCUCACGCAGUUCUGCAUCCUCUUCAAGAGGACCUUCCUCAGCAUCAUGAGGGACUCGGUCCUGACACACCUGCGCAUCACCUCGCACAUUGGGAUCGGCCUCCUCAUUGGCCUGCUGUACUUGGGGAUCGGGAACGAAGCCAAGAAGGUCUUGAGCAACUCCGGCUUCCUCUUCUUCUCCAUGCUGUUCCUCAUGUUCGCAGCCCUCAUGCCCACUGUUCUGACAUUUCCCCUGGAGAUGGGAGUCUUUCUUCGGGAACACCUGAACUACUGGUACAGCCUGAAGGCCUACUACCUAGCCAAGACCAUGGCGGACGUGCCCUUUCAGAUCAUGUUCCCAGUGGCCUACUGCAGCAUCGUGUACUGGAUGACGUCGCAGCCGUCCGACGCCGUGCGCUUUGUGCUGUUUGCCGCGCUGGGCACCAUGACCUCUCUGGUAGCACAGUCCCUGGGCCUGCUGAUCGGAGCCGCCUCCACGUCCCUGCAGGUGGCCACCUUCGUGGGUCCGGUGACGGCCAUCCCAGUGCUCCUGUUCUCAGGGUUCUUCGUUAGCUUCGACACCAUCCCCACGUACCUACAGUGGAUGUCCUACAUCUCCUAUGUCAGGUAUGGGUUCGAAGGGGUCAUCCUCUCCAUCUACGGCUUAGACCGGGAAGAUCUGCACUGUGACAUCGACGAGACGUGCCACUUCCAGAAGUCAGAGGCCAUCCUGCGGGAGCUGGACGUGGAAAAUGCCAAGCUGUACCUGGACUUCAUCGUACUCGGGAUUUUCUUCAUCUCCCUCCGCCUCAUUGCCUAUUUUGUCCUCAGGUACAAAAUCCGGGCAGAGAGGUAAAACACCUGAAUGCCAGGAAACAGGAAGAAUAGACACUGUGGCCGAGGGCAUGUCUAGAAUCGAGGAAGCAAGCCUGUGCCCAACCGAUGACGCAGAGACUCUUCUGAUCCAACCCCUAGAAUCGCGUUGGGUUUGUGGGUGUCUCUUGCUUAGCUGCUCCGCCCAGCUGGGUUGGAUCUUCUCUCCAUUCCCCUUUCUAGCUUUAACUAGGAAGAUGUAGGCAGGUUGGUGGUUUUUUUUUUUUUUUUUUUUUUACAUACAGAAUUUUAAAUACCACAACCGGGGCAGAAUUUAAAACUGCAACACAGCUGGUGAUGAGAGGCUUCCUCAGUCCAGUCGCUCCUUAGCACCAGGCACCGUGGGUCCAGGAUGGGGAACUGCAAGCAGCCUCUCAGCUGAUGGCUGUGCAGUCAGAUGUGUCAUGGCAGAGAGUCCGAGCACGGAGCGAUUGCAUUUUAUGACUGUUGUUUUUCAUAGUUUCAUCUUUCUAAGGUGUGUCUCUUUUCCAAUGAGAAGUCAUUUUUGCAAGCCAAAAGUCGAUCAAUCGCAUUCAUUUUAAGAAAUUGUACCUUUUUUAGUACUUGCUAAAGAAUGAUUCAGGGUAAAUCACCUACUUUGUUUAGAGAGGCGAGGGGUUUAACCGAGUCACCUAGCUGGUCUCAUACAUAGACAGCACCUGCAAAGGAUUGAAUGCAGGUUCCAGGUGGAGGGAAGAUGUGGACACCAUCUUCACUGAGCCAUGCAGAAAUUUUUAAAAGCUAUACAAAAAAUUGUAAGAAGACAUUGGCCAACUCUUUCAAAGUCUUUCAUUUUCCACAUGCUUCUUAUUUUAAGCAAAAUAUAUUGUUUGUUUCUUCCUAA